AUGAUCUCAUCUAGCACAUGGGUACCUAGAGGAUAUGCCUCAGAAUUUCCAGAGAAAUAUGAAUUAGAUGAUGAGGAAAUGGAAAGGAUCAAUGCCAUGGCGCAACUUGAAAUCAAUGACGCCAAAGACGAUUUAGAAGGCGCAAAAAAGAGCCUCACAGACCAAAUUGAUAUUGACGAUGAUUUAAAAGAAUACGAUUUGGAGCAUUACGAUGACGAUGAAACCGAAGGUGAUGGCGAGAAAGUAACUAUGUUUCCCGGUUUAUCCAGUGCUAAAAUUGACCAGUCAGAAGAUUCUGAGGAUGUUUAUUUGUCAUUGCCCACAGAAGUAGAUGAACAGGAGGAGAAGCAAGAAAACCAAAUUUACCCUACUGAUAACUUGGUUUUGGCUACGAGAACUGAAGACGAUAUUUCAUGGUUGGAUAUAUACAUUUACGAUGAUGGGGCUGGUGCACCAGUUGGAGCCGAAGAAGAAGAGGAAGACAAGUUGGAUGCAGAUGUUGCAAAGGGUCUUGUCAGAGACUCGACUUUGUACGUCCAUCAUGAUAUAAUGUUGCCUGCAUUCCCCUUAUGCGUUGAGUGGAUCAACUAUAAACCUGGACAGCUGCAGCUCACAGAUUCAAAUAUUGGCAACUUUGCAGCUGUUGGUACAUUUGACCCCCAAAUUGAGUUGUGGAAUUUGGACUAUAUUGACAAAGCCUUUCCCGAUAUCAUACUAGGAGAGGUAUCUGCCAAGAAGAAGAGGAAGCUGAAAAAGUCGGGACAUGUGACAACACACCACACCGAUGCUGUUUUGUCAUUAACUCAUAACAAAAUACAUAGAUCUGUCUUGGCUUCCACCUCGGCUGACAGCACAGUAAAGCUUUGGGAUCUAAAUACAGGCGCAGCCGUGCGAUCCUUAAACCAAAUACACCACGGCAAGACGGUUUCUUCUUCUCAAUGGAAUUCUGUUGAACCAUCAAUUUUAUUGACAGGUGGAUAUGAUUCCAAAGUCGCGGUGUCUGAUGUGCGGCUCAAUGACGAUCUUUCCAAGUACUAUUCUGUUGGUUCUGGAGAGGAAGUCGAAAAUGUGAGAUGGAGUUCAAAUCCUGAAAUGUUUUAUGCCGGAACCGAUCAAGGAAAUGUAUAUUGUUUCGAUAUCAAGGCCUCAAAACCAUUGUGGACCUUGCAUGCACAUGAUGCCGGAAUUUCGUCUUUGGAUAUUAACAACUAUAUACCAGAUAUGUUAGUUACUAGUGCUAUGGGUGAGAAAACAGUCAAGUUAUGGAAGGCUCCUGUCGAAGGUGGACCAUCUAUGAUAUUGUCUAGAGAUUUUGGUCUUGGUAAUGUGUUGACCACAUCGUAUGCAAAUGAUAUUGAAGUGGCAGGUAACUUGGUUGUUGGUGGUGUGACUGGUGGCUUGAAGAUGUGGGAUACAUUCUCAAAUAGGUCAGUCAAAAAUGGAUUCAGAGAUGAAUUGAAAGAGUUGCAAAGGAAAGCCAGGGAGGAAGCAAAAGCUGCGGGACGUGCAUCAAGAAUAGCUAGAAAAUAUCAAACUGACGUUAGUGACACAAUUCUAGAGGUGGAUGGAUCUAAAGACGAUUCUGAAUCUGAUGAAGAAGAAGAAGGCUUUGAAGGUGCCGAGGAAAUAGACAAUGAAGAAGAUGAGGAAUAA